UGGACUAAGACAAUGGAAAAUUUAUUUUUUUACCAAAAUUUCUAAUAGAAAAAGGUUUUUAAAACCUCACAAGGAAAACUAGGGACUUUAAUAGCCUUAGAGUAUGAAGAUGAUGUGUAUGAUGAUGGCAGUAACAACAAUGAUGACAACAGACUAGACAAAUCUGGGUUCUCUGAGUUAAAAUAAUCAUCUGCUGCCAGAAAAAGCAAAUAUAGCAUGUGAAUCAGUGAAUACUUACACUUUUGUGAUAGGUUUAGGAAUUUCAUGCAAAGAAAGGGAAAAAAUAUCUAUAAAAAGGUUAUUUGAAAUGCCAUGGGGAUGCCAUUUAACAAAUGACACUUGUGUGCCAAGGAAAGAGUCUGAUCUUUUGCUCCUUCUGCUUUAUAAUUCUAUAGGAAGAACUUUUAUAAACACUCAAAAAAAUCUUAAGAUAAUAGCAUGUUCCAGAUUUUCAAAUAUAUUACCUAACAUGAACAAUAUAUCCAUAAAUUUUAACAUUCAGAAAGAUAUUCUGUCUAAGAUUGGCAGUGUCAGACUUCCUAAAUUAACUUGUUAUUUUGGGUAUCUGACAUUGUGUCUUGCACUGGUAAAUACUUAAGAUAUUUUAAUCUUAAUUUGCUUUUACUCUUUUGGUGGGUCUUGAGGCCAGGAUUAAUGCUUUGUUAGAAUCUAGCAGUCAUAUUCCAAGUAGGGUCUGUGUUCUCUUGAGAGCUACAGAGAAUAGUGUUCGAGAACUAGCUUACUUGAAGACAAUUGCAAAGAACUUUCAGAUUCACAGCAUGAAUGUGCAUUUCCUUUCAAGAGUCUUCUUUUCCAAGAAAUGUUUUGUGGUUUCUUAAACCCAUUCUUGACACUGGUAAUAACAGUGCUGAGAAACAAAGUGCUGCAGUUAACAAAAACCAAACAGAAUCCAUAACUGUUGGCUUUCCAAAGUGAUUAACAUGAGACCCUCCCACUCAUUUCUUAACAGCUGAAGCACAUUGGUAUUAGAAUCACAGAUUUUCAAAUGUGUAAAGGUAUUUUAAAUAUUAUUUAGCCUGCUCUCAGAUAAAAUUUCUGAAACCUCUUCACACCAUUAGCAUGUUAGUCUAUUUCAAUGAAGGGCUGAACUUCUGAGCAGUGUCAUCUCAGAACAGAGCUGGGUGUGGAGGGCUGGACAAUCUUCAAUAGACCCAGAACUAGAACUGCCGAUGGAUCCAGAGGUGGGCAGGGGGAGGGGGCUGGAUGCCAGGGUAUGAGACUCAAUGGCAAGUGCUGGAGAACAUUCAGGCUGGCAGCAGAACCUGGGCUCUGAACAGCAUAGAAACCUGGACUACGUACAAUGAUCAUCACUAUCUGGGACAUCUGUGAUUGAGAGAGCAUAGAAAUAGCAAACCCAGAAAGUGACUGGAGACACAAGCUGACAGGACAAUAUAUCAGGAUGCAGCUCUGCCUGUAGUAAGUCUCAGGGGGAGAAUUGCAAACUACAUAUUCUAGUCUAUGAAGCACCUAAACCCGACCAGACACAAGCAGCUUUGUUCUCAUGAGUGCCACCUUCCUUCUCUCCUUCAAUGCUCCCAUCACUCUGGCCUUUCCGACCACGCUCCUUUGCACCCCAUACUCUUUGUCAGUCAUAUUAAAUGUUAUCACCUAACAGAGAGUUUCUCAGGACAUUGUCUCACUUAUUAUACCAUUUGCAUUCUCUGCAUAAUAUUUAGAAUCCACCCCCCAUCAUCACCCAUUUUCUAUGUCCUCUCACUAUAAGCUCAAGGAGAGCAGGGUACCUGAUGGUCUUGUUCCUUUUUGUAUCCAGCGAUAUCCACUUUUUAUGGGGACCUGGCACAUUCUGGGUGCUUAUUAAACAUUUAAAUGAAUGACUGAUGAACUAAUUAAUGAACUAAUUAAUAAAUUGGUUAACAAAUGAAUUAAUCUAAUCAGGGGAGGGAGCUGACAGAUGAAAGUUUUUGUAACUAAAAAUAUUUGAAACAAAUCCUUCACUAAAUAAUAGGAGACGGAGAGAAGAAGGUGGUUGCAUUUAUUAGAGUCUUAAUAAAUGAAGGAAAGAAAACAGAGGUAGGAGUGAGGGGGAGGAGGAAGUAGUACUAAAUAUUAAUAGCUCGGGGCUCAGUGGAGGACAAACUAUUACAGGAUGGUGGUAAAGUCCUGGUUUGGGCAUCAUAGUGGAUAACCAGAAGAAUGCCAGCCCUCCUUCUUGGUUUGAGAAAAGGGGGAGAAUAAAUAAACCUCACUUAAGAGUAUGACGGAAUGCAUUUUAGUUAGGUUUCAGCUAAGAAUAUUUAGAUAAGGCCAUCUGCAGAAAGGUUGUGGAUAUAUUGAGGUUUGUCCAUGAUGGAGUAUGGAAAGUGUGGAGAAGGUAAGCAACCUUUUAGAGGAGUGGGAUGGGGGUGAACCAAGAGUCUAGCAGUAAGAGGAGAGUUACUCAAGGCAAAGGGAAGGGAGUUUUUUUGUUUUUGUUUUUUUUUUUGGAGAUGGAGGAUUACAGAGAUAAUAGUCAUAGCAGAAAUGAUUUUCCUCAAGCAUGCAACUUUGCGGCAAGUUCAUAGGAAGCCUGGCGGUACCUAGUCCAAUCUCAGAGAAAAGUGCCUUGACUGUCCUGCACUACAGUGAGGACCCUGAUCUGGGGUUGGCCUCUAAACAGACUGAAAGAAUAGCUAUGUAUCACACCACUGUGGAACGGUGGUUUUGUGGCUCUACGCUAGGCACUGGUGAUAGGGAUGGUGGUGGAGUAGUAAGAAGGUAAGUUAGACUAAGAAAAUAAUAAUAUGUUUCUUGCCCCUUCUCUAACAAUUCACUUGUUUCUAUGGGCUACUUAUUUUUCCCAGAUAAAACCAGGUGAGCCUAGCGGAUGGGGACCAACAGCAACCAGUUCACUGUGAACUGCCCACUCAGACUCCAUAUGCAGAAACCCUCCUUGUGGCAAGCAGACAGCUGAGGGGAACACCAAUUCUCUUAAGGUAGUAGAGAGUUACUGAGUCAGUGAAUACAAUUAUUGGUCUAAAAUUUGCAUUCAUUGGAAUUCUUAAGAAAUGUACAACAUAGUUAUUUGUUGUCUAUUCCCAAGGUUGCAAUGUAAGAGGUAAACCCUCACACUGAGCAUUCAUUUAAUAGACAUACCCUAUAUGUAAAGGCACUUUACGUAUGUUCCUCAAUUUAUUCAUCAUGACAAUCUCGAAAAGUGGGCAUUAGUAUCCUUCUUUUACAAAUGAGAAUGCUGCAUCAUAGAGGGACAUACUUGUUAGACCCACAUACAGAUACACAGACGCAAUGUACCUGGCUUCAAAGUCCAGGUUUUUUCAAGCACACCUCACCUCACUCUGGAGACACUCAGAGUAAGGCUCAGUGUCACGGUUUGUGUCAGAACAAUGCUCGAACAAUCCUCUGAGGAUUGUGUCAGAACAAUCCUGGAGAAAACUGAAGGCAGAGGCAACAAUGUGAGAUAGAUGUAACUGCAGUCUGAAGUUUUUGGUUCAUAUUCUGUGCUGAUCAACUUGGUGGUCACAGAAUAAGAAUUUGACACUCCUCCAGGUAUUGACAGUUAUAACAUUCCUGAAGAAAAGCAUUGUGUUGAUGAGUAAAUGAAUAUAAUAUAUUUAGUCUAAUGUCUUGUGAGAGAUCAGGCAGAGGAGAGGACAAUGUAAACUAGGCCGGUGGUUCCAUCUAGGAGGGAGACAGGGAAGGAAGGGUACAGGGCAUCACAGAAGCACUAGACCUUAAGCUGGGCUUUGCUGUGACUUAACUUAUGAAAGAGAAACCAGAAAUUUGUCUUUGAAUAAUAUUUACUGUAAGUGAUCAGGUUUUUUUUUGGUUUUUUUUUUGGUAAUUAUUUGGUCUUACUGGUUGUUGGCUUAGCAACUAGGGUGGCUGCAAUAGAGGAAAAUAUGGUUUUUCCCAAUUUGCCCAAGCGGCUGCAUUGGGUCAGGAAGGCCUUCUGGUUCUUUGUCAGAUUGGAAGAAACAGUGGUAACUACACAGGGACUAUCUCCUGGCAGAGUUCCCGAACUGGGGGAGAGAGGACCCUUUGCCCUUCGUAACCGGGUGGGUACCAGGGAAGUCAGGCGUACUGGGAGCGUUUGCUUGCCCGGGUCUUUCUGUCAACCAGAACUGAUGUGGUUGAAAUGAAAAGUGAAACUUCAGGAACCCCUGAAAAAGCUGCUUCUUAGCUAAGCGUAAAGCCCCAGACCUCAGGCCACCCAACCAUUCGACAAGCAGGCAGGCGAAGGCGCAGAAGCACCUGGGCCUGUGCAAGGCCCCUGGAGGAUGAAGCCAAUGGAGAAGUUUCAGGCAGUGCUGGACUUGCACCUCAAGCACCACCGCGCGCUGAGCUACGGCCUGGUGACUCUGCUGACGGCGGGCGGGGAGCGCAUCUUCUCCGCCGUCGUGUUCCAGUGCCCCUGCACCACCGCCACCUGGAACCUGACCUACGGCCUGGUCUUCCUGCUGGUGCCGGCGCUCGUGCUCUUCCUCUUGGGCUACGCGCUGAGCACGCGCACGUGGCGCCUGGUGACCGGCUGCUGUAGGCGCGCGCGGAGCGCCCACUCGAGGUGCUGCUCCCGCCAGCUGCGCUGCGUCCAGGUGUGCAUGGAGCUGACCGCGGCCGCCGCGCUCGCGCCCCUCACCUGGGUGGCCGUGGCGCUGCUCGGGGGCUCCUUCUUCGAGUGCGCGGCCAGCGGGAGCGCGGCCCUGGCGCGGAGCCUGUGCCGGGACCGGCACCCAAACUGCACCGCCCAGCUGCCGCUGGUGCCCUGCGGCAAGGCCACGGCGGCCGGCGUGCAGGACCUCCUGCUGCAGCUCAAGUCUCAGUCACAGGUGGUGGGCUGGUGCCUGAUAGCAGCUGUUAUCAUCUGCCUUCUGAUUUUUACCUGUGUCUCCCGCUGCCUAUCUCCAGUUAGUUUUCUGCAGUUGAAAUUCUGGAAAAUCUAUUUGGAAGAGGAGCAGAAGAUCCUUAAAGGCCAAGCCACAGAGCAUGCGACUGAAUUGGCAAAAGAGAAUGUUAAAUGUUUCUUUGAGCGCUUGCCUCCAAGACAAUUGAACACCCCAAGCAUUAAAGAGUGGCAGCAAAUUUCAUCACUAUAUACUUUCAACCCAAAUGACCAGUACUACAGCUUGUUGCACAAAUAUGUUAACAGAAAAAAGGACAGUGACAGUAUCAAAUCUUCCGAAGGAGAUGCAAUGAUUCCUGCUCUUGGAUUUGUAGAUUCAUCUGGUAUAACUAACACUUUUCAGUUAUGACCUCAUGAUGAAUAGAAAAAAAAGUUGUUUUGAAUUAUUGCUUCAUUUUAAAAAUUAAACACUGGUAAUGGUUAUGACUG